AUGGGUCCUCUGCAAUCCCAACCGAAUCAAAUCUUCCCCGACAAGAGCCCCGAGGGGCAACUUCGUGCCCAAAAUAAAAAGCCGUUAGCGGCUACCUACCGCUUUGCCCCCUGCGCCGUCCGCAAAUUCCGCGUUUGA